AUGUCCGGCUUCGGCACACUCGGUCGUCUCAUGCUCGCCUUCCAGGCUGUCGCGACUCUCGCCCUGUCCGUAUAUGCUCAAACGCAGGCCCCUCUGCGUGGCGCGUCGUUCAACGACGGGACGACCAAGCAUGCCAUUAACUCUGAACUCUCUGAGUUUAUCACCAACCUCAUGAACUCGUCUGGCAUCCCGGGCAUCUCCCUUGGUAUUGUGCAUACUUCCCGCGACAAAGUGCAACCAGAGGUCGAGCUGAAGUCAUGGGGCCGCAUGACGGAGAAUGGCGACGGAAGUGAUCUAUCUCCUGACGCACUCUUCGACCUAGCCUCAUGCUCCAAAGCCUUCCUCGCCAGCGCCGUCGGUAUCCUCAUGGACGACUUCGCCCAGGGUCGUAACGUCACCCCUCUCCCAGACGGCGUCACGAGGUUCGACUGGCAGACCAAAGUCAACGACUUGCUCCCGGAUGAGUGGGCGCUCGACGACGAGUGGGCGAGCGUGAAGACGAACAUACGCGACACGUUGUCGCAUGUGACUGGGAUGCCGAGGCAUGACUACUCUUACGCGCCUGGAGAUACACUCUCUGGUCUCGUCAAGAACCUCCGCAACCUCCGACCCGCAUAUGAGCUCCGUCAAAAGUGGUCCUACAACAACCAGAUGUUCAAAACGGGCGCAUACAUCAUCUCAAAAUACUCUGGCAAACCUUAUACGGCCUUCGCCUCCGAGCGGCUCUUCGCGCCCAUGAACAUGACGCACACGACCUUCUGGCCGAAUGAGGCGCGUGAAGCGGGGCUGCUGACGGAAGCGUGGACAAAGUUCGGGAGGCUGAUCCCGUUCUGGUUCGAUGAGGAGGUCGUGGAGCUUAUGGCGGGUGCGGGAGGGAUCAUCUCGAGUGCUGAGGAGAUGACGAAGUGGUUGACUGUGCUCCUAAACAAGGGCAUCGAGCCGACCUCGAACGAGACGAUCGUCCCGCGCUCCGCGUUCGACGAGAUCACCACCGGCACGCCAUCACGGCGGGCAGGCCGAUCGCCCCCGAGACAUCCAUCCAGGGCUACGGCCUCGGAUGGUGGCGCUUGUCCUAUCAAGGCCACGACGUCAAUCCUCACGCAUUCGGGCGCGAUACCCGGGUUCUCGACGCGCGUGGCUUUCUUGCCCGAGGACGGGCUCGGCGUUGUGGUGCUGGCGAACGCGGACGAGAAGGCGAAGGCGAACGAGGCAUCAUCUACAGGAGGCGUGCGGGCUGAUGCCAGCGGGAUGGCCGUGUUCGAGGACGAACCAGAUGCAUCACAGGAAGACCAGCAGAAUAGCGACCCUGCCGUCGCCCCUGACCCCCUCCCAAUCGACCUCGACGCCUUCUCCGGGACAUACACCAACCCGGGCUACGGCGCGCUCAUCCUCUGUAGCACCCAAAGCACCUCGCACCACUGCCUCUCCGUCCUGUCCUCCUUCGCGCCUUUCAUCUCACCCACGCCCUUCCCCUCGCCCAUCCCCGUGCCCGCGCCCGCGCCGCAGACGACGCCCGAGCUCUACGCCGCCUGGCCGCGCAUCUGGUCGACCCACGUCCGGCUCUCCCAUACGGCGGGCACGGACUUUGGGCUGCAGUUCACGGCGCUAUUCCCGGAGGGGUAUGGGGAAAACCGGACGGCGUUCGAGACGAGCGAGACGGGGGAGAGCGAGGGGAGGGCGGUGUUCGUGCUGGAGGGCGAGGGGGAGAAGGCGCGGGUGCUCGGCUUUGGGAUGGAGAUUGAUGCGGAGGCGGUGGAGGCGCGGAAGCGGGCGGGGGCGGGGGACGCCAAGGGGUGGGCGGACGCGUGGUUCGAGAGGGUUUGA